AUUUUGCUGCAGAAUUCGAACUGCAUUUUCCCUUUCUUUUUCUAAGCAACCAAACGGGAAUUAACUGCUACUCGCCAUUGCUAAUUCCGAGUCUCAAAAUUCUCUAUUUCGAGAUUUUGAUGUUCUUCUCCUUCGCAAGUUUCCACCAACAAUUGAAGUUCGCUGCAGACGUCCUACUCAUUCAGCUUCCGAACACCUCGAACCUCCAGAGGUAUCCUCUCCCUGCUUUUAUUCACUGUGAACUUUAGAAUUUUCAUGCAUUUUCCAUUUCAAUUGUGCCUUUUAUCCGAUACUAAUCUGUUUAUGUUCAUAGUUCAUGGAAAUUUCAACAUCUUAGAAAAAAAUUUAGUUAGUACUGGAACGAGACUGCUGUAUUGAAUUUUGAUGCAGGUUUUGGGGUAAAUAACAUCUCCAAAAUUUA